AUGGGGAUAUCGAAUGGUCCGACUGAAACAGGGUAUAGACAUACCCCAGGUGCAAAGUAUCCAGUUUGGAAGCGAUGGGUCCGAUUCAAGGGCAUAGAUGGCAACGUAUAUGGUGGCGAGCCAGUGGAUGCCGAUAUUGAUGUGGGCGAGGCGAUAGCCCAGAAUGUGGAAGUUGCAGUCAAGAUCAUGACUAGCACUUCGGCCAUGGAUUAUGAUGCUUCAUUCACUGGGGAAAUCAAAGUCAUUGAUAAAUUGCUAUCUCCAGUCUCGCAAGCCGAGGCGGGGACAGUCCGGUGCGUCGGCCUAAACUACAAGGAACACGCCGCCGAGAUGAAGUUGACUCUGCCGAAUACGCCAACAAUCUUUUUGAAGGCUAGCACAUGCAUUGCGUCUGCAUCUGAACCAAUCCUACUCCCCUCUAAUGUGGACUACGAUGAAGCAGAUUAUGAAGUUGAGUUGGCAAUAGUCAUUGGCAAACAGUGCAAGAACCUGUCAGUGCCUGAAGCAGCCGAUUAUGUUCUGGGCUACGCUGUCGCCAAUGAUGUGACGGCCCGAAAACACCAAGAGAAGACAUCCCAAUGGUCCUAUGCAAAAGGAAUGGAUGGAUUCUGUCCCCUAGGGCCGUGUAUUGUCUCUACUGAGCAAGUGCCUGAUGCUUCAGUUUUGAAGUUGAAGACCUCUCUCAAUGGGAAGAUCAUGCAGAACGGGUCCGCCGAUGACAUGAUAUUCAGCAUUCCAGAGAUUGUGUCUUAUGUUUCUCAGGGUCACACAUUGAUGCCCGGGACGGUCAUUAUCACCGGAACUCCUUGUGGUAUUGGGGUCUCACAGAGCCCGCCACGGUUCCUCCAGCCGGGGGACCAGCUGAGAAUCAGCAUCAGUCAUGGACUAGGUACUCAAGUAUGUCCGAUUGCAAGGGAUUGA